UUGCAUGGUUUUUUGUUUCCGAAGACAAAUGACACCAGUUGCGAUAAGUUCUACGCGACAAAUGAUCGAUAGAGUCUUUGUUUCGUACUGUGGUGAAUUCAAUACAUCCGAGCGGCCUUCUGAGACAAUAAAUGCCCAUAGCGUAGCUUCAGAUCAGAGCAGCUACCUAAAAAACCCAGGUAGUGAGCCAUUAAUAAUAUCCACAUUUGGAAACCGUGUUGCUAAGGCAGCUCAGAAACAUCCAGGCAGGGUCGCGAUCAAAUCAAUACAUGAAGAUGUAACAAUUACCUACGAAGAAUUAUUAAAUUAUGCUGAUUCCUUUGGGUGUGCCUUACGAGAAAGAAGUUUUUCAAAAGGCGAUAAAUUAGGAAUCUGGUCUCAUAAUUGUACACAAUGGGUCGUGGCUGUUCUCGGUGCUAUGAGAGCUGGCGUAAUACCGGUCCUGCUAAACCCAGUGUACGAAAAACCUGAACUAAGUUACUGUAUUAAUAAAACAAAAUUAAGAGGUAUUUUCACUGGAAAUGCAAUCAAAACAAGAAAUUACAAUAAGAUGCUUUGUGAAUUAAUACCUGAGAUUAAUUCCUUUAAAGACGGCGCUAUCUCUUCGAAUGAAUUUCCGACUUUACGUUCUGUAAUCAGCGCAGAAAAGGAAAAAAUUAAUGGAAUCUUUAGUAUGGAUUCUUUAAUAAGGGAUCAUAAAAAUAAUAGUUCAAUAUCGAAAUAUAGCAGUGAAAUUAAACCAGAAGAUGGUUCCUUGGUGCUACUUACUUCCGGAUCUACUGGAAAACCAAAAGCAGCCUUAGAUUCUGAACUAGCAAUAGUAAAUAAUACCUAUUUCAGUGGGAUAAGGAAUGAAUUCAAUCUUGGACAUCAAAUCGUUUGUAUUCAGGCCCCAUUAUUCCAUGCAUUAGGAUCCAUAGUAACUUUGCUGUCGUGUCUUCAACAUGGAGCGACAGUCAUACUCGCUUCUCCAGCAUACAGCCCGUCGGCUAGUUUACGAGCAAUUUGUGCUGAAAAAUGUACUGCCAUAACAGGAACUCCUACGAUGUACGUGGAUAUUUUGUCAAUAAUGAAGGGCAAGGGUGAUUUACCUAUAAACUUAAAUAUGGCUCUAGCAGCUGGAGCACCGUGCGGCCCCGAACUAAUUCAUAGAAUAAAAGCCCAAUUAAAGUGUAAAUCAGUUAGGGCUCUGUAUGGAUUGACUGAAACGGCUGCUUGUGUUUUUCAAUCAUUAGCUACUGAUGACGUUAAUACGGUAUCCCAAACUGUUGGAUAUAUAACCGACCACGUGGAACUUAAGGUGGUAGAUAGUAAUAGUAAUAUUGUUCCGUUUGGGUGCUCAGGAGAAUUAAUGGUUAAAGGUUACAAUAACAUGAUUUGCUACUUGGAUGAUCCGGAGAAAACGAAAGAGAUAAUGACAGAAGAUGGUUGGCUUCAUACCGGUGAUAUAUUCAUAAUAAAUCCAGACGGUUAUGGAAAAAUAAUUGGCCGUGCAAAAGAUAUAAUUGUCAGAGGUGGAGAAAACAUUGCUCCCAAAGAAAUUGAAGACUGUUUAAACACGCAUCCAGAUGUCAUAGAGAGUCAGGUGAUAGGUGUUUCGGACGAAAGACUUGGAGAAGAACUUUGUGCUGUAGUCAGAAUCCGAGAGAACGCAACAUUUACAUCGAAUGAUUUAAAGAAACAUUUUAUGGGGAAACUAGCUACAUUUAAAAUUCCUAAAAUACUUAAAAUUACUCAAGAAUUUCCGAAAACAACAUCUGGGAAAAUACAAAAAUAUAGAUUAAAAGAAUUAGUAGAAUCUGGAAAAAUUUAAAAUGGUUUUUGUUAAAGUAGUGCAUUUCCUUCUGUAUCGCUAAUAUUACAACAUUUUAUUUGUGUAAUGUGUUAUUUGUUUAAUAUUUUGGAUCAUAUUACAUACACACAUACACACACACACACACACACACACACACAUAUAUAUAUAUAUAUAUAUACAUAGCUAUAUACGUAGCUUUGUAUAUAUAACAAUUUUACUAUUAUACUGUAUUCGAAAAAAACCUUGAGGGCAGAAAUCAAAGUCAGCCGAUAGUCUUUUCAUGGGAUAAUCUUUUAUUGACAAUUGCUAAGAAAUUUUUAGUUAAUCCAUAUUAUUAGGGAUGUAGGGCGAACCUUAUUCAAUCAUAAUACAGUGGAUUAAGAUCUAGACUACGUGAUGGCUAGUCUUAAGUUCUGAUGAAAUUCGGAACGUUCUUUAGUAACCAAGGUUGGAAGGAUCGAGCUAUAUGACCCAAAGCCGAGGUCGGCUGAAAAGACCAUUCUUUGUUAUUGAGUAAUAUUGUUGUUGUGGGGCUUAACUACAGACCCAUGAAUGUUGUCUACGUCAAAUAUAAACCAAUCUACCUAUUAAUACUUUUUCACAAAAAUAUAAUCCCUCCUUCAUUGCUAACGUACCAGUAAACUAUAAUUAACAAAGAAUUGGUUCACUUUGUACUCUCUGGUCGAAUUGGAAAGAUUUAUUUUAUUUUUCAUCGUCAUUUAUUUUGUUAUUGUCGGCAUAUUGCUCAGUUUUUAACAAAAUCUUAUCCGUAAAAAAGACUUUUGCCAGAUUCGGAUUACCAGAUCCUCUGUCAUACACAGAAGAGGUCCCAUUAUACCUCUCAAUACCCGCUACACAAACAAACUAUGAACGAUUUAAAAAAUUGUGUUUGGUUUGGUACCAACUUUAUAUAAGCAAUCGCAACGAUUUGAUUCGGCUUUCUAUGAAUAGGAACGUAAAAAAAUGUAGUCGCUUUAAAUGAUAACAAAAUAUUAUACAAUGGCCUGACUCGGAUUAAAAAACAAUAGGGAAGAAUCGUAUAAAAAUGACAGAUUUCUAAUCCAAAACUAAAUAUUUUAUUUAAGGAAUCGAUAGCAAAAAAACAAAAUAAUAAUAAUAAUUGUAAUUGUAUUUAUGGCCGCACUAAGUAAUGUAAGGUAAAAAAAUAAAUAAAGAAGUGUUUGAUAUGAA